CAGAGCGCGUGAAGGCUGCAGCCAAGCGAGCAGAGCGCGAGACACAGUGCAUCAUUAACGCUUCAGUGCAUAGGGAAUAACAUUUUUUUUUGCUUGCUUUUGGGGUUGAGGUGGGGGGGGACCAUUAAAGCCAUCGGGAAAUGAUCUCGGUGCAUUUGCACAGCUAGCACUCGGUGAGUUCAUUUUGCAGGGGGAAUAAAGCAAGGCGCGGGUCGCCUUUGUGCACUUCUUCAAGUCCAGACAACAAAAACGCACAAUCCCAAAGACACGGUAGGAUACUGGGGUGCAGAAUGGACUACGAAAGACCCAACGUAGAAACAAUAAAGUGUGUUGUGGUGGGAGACAAUGCUGUAGGGAAGACUCGCCUUAUUUGUGCCCGAGCCUGUAAUGCCACUUUGACCCAAUACCAGCUGCUGGCCACCCAUGUCCCCACAGUCUGGGCUAUUGAUCAGUACCGAGUCUGCCAAGAGGUAUUAGAGCGCUCCAGAGAUGUGGUGGAUGAUGUCAGUGUGUCCCUCAGGCUGUGGGACACCUUCGGAGACCACCACAAGGAUAGGCGCUUUGCCUACGGCAGGUCUGACGUGGUGGUUCUCUGCUUUUCCAUUGCCAACCCCAACUCCCUCUAUCACGUGAAGACCAUGUGGUACCUGGAGAUCAAACACUUCUGUCCACGUACACCUGUUAUUCUGGUUGGGUGUCAACUUGACCUACGCUAUGCAGACUUGGAGGCUGUCAACCGGGCCAGACGGCCAUUAGCAAGGCCUAUAAAACCAGGAGAUAUUUUGCCUCCAGAGAGAGGACGGGAAGUAGCCAAGGAGUUGGGGAUUCCAUACUAUGAGACAAGCGUCUUUGAUCAGUUUGGCAUUAAAGAUAUCUUUGACAAUGCUAUCCGAGCUGCUCUCAUCUCCAGACGCCACCUUCAGUUCUGGAAGUCCCAUCUACGGAAGGUCCAGAAGCCCCUCUUGCAGGCACCAUUCCUCCCACCAAAAGCUCCUCCACCACUGAUCAAGAUCCCAGACUGUCCCCGCAACAACCAGGAUGGCCCUAGGAAACUGCUGGAGAACCCCUUCUGUGCUGAUGUCAUGUUCAUUGUUCAAGAACACUUCAAUGUGUUUGCCCACAAGAUCUACCUAUCUACCUCAUCCUCCAAGUUCUAUGACCUGUUCCAGAUGGACAUCUCAGAAGAGUCCCAGUGCAUGGUUGUGACAGAGCAUCACAGACGAGAGCACCUGAUGCGAACACUCAGCCUGGACACAGAUGAAGCCAUGGCUGUGCUGACUAACCUAUCACCUAGUUCCCUACGGGCUUCCAAGAGUGAUGGGACUCUGAAGGUAAUGAGCUUUAAUGCCAAGCACAACCACAACAAGCUGUCCUUGGCAUUUUGGUGCAAGGCCUUCCAGAGCAUCCACAAAGAAACUGUGGUUAACCCAGCAACAGGAGCAGCAGCUGUCAUGACGGUGGUGAAGAUGGACAACUCCAUCCAGCUGGGUCCCUUCAGGGCAGUGCUGCGGUUCCUGUACACAGGAGAACUGAAUGAAAGGGAGAUGGACCUGAUGAAGAUUGCUCAGAUUGCUGAGAUCCUAGAAGUUUUUGACCUAAGGAUGAUGGUGGAGAACAUCAUGAACAAAGAAGGCUUUAUGAAUAAGGAAAUCACAAAAGCGUUUCAUGUGAGAAAAGCCAACAGGAUUAAGGAGUGUCUUGCCAAGAACAGCUUCACAGAUGUGGUGUUUAGGUUGGAUGAUGGCACCAUCAAUGCCCAUAAGCCUUUGCUGAUCUCCAGUUGUGAUUGGAUGGCUGCCCUGUUUGGAGGCUCAUUCAUAGAGAGUGCGAAUAAUGAGGUCUCUUUUCCUAACACCAGCAGGGCGUGUAUGCAGGCAGUGCUGGAGUAUCUCUACACCAAUCAGCUGUCACCCAUGGCUGAUUUGGACCCAAUGGAAUUAAUUGCUCUGGCAAACAGACUGUGCCUUCCCCGCCUCAUUGCCCUGACAGAGCAAUAUGCUGUGAGUGAGCUGGUGAAAGCCUCUAGGGAUGCACAAGACAUAGACGGCGAGGUUCUCAACUACCUGGAGCUUGCUCAGUUCCAUAAUGCCAACCAACUUUCUGCUUGGUGCUUGCAUCACAUAUGCACUCAUUAUAAUAACAUCUGUGCCAAUUAUCGCAAAGAGAUCAAGUCCAAAUCGCUAGAAAACCAAGAGUACUUUGAGAAGCAUCGCUGGCCUCCGGUUUGGUACCUGAAGGAGGAAGAUCACUACCAGCGGGUGAAGAAAGAGAGGGAGAAGGAAGACGUGGUCCUGAACAAGCACCUCUCUCGCCGUCGCUGGUGUUUCUGGAGCACUUCUCCUGCAGUGUCCUGAGAGAAAGCGAGAGAGAGAUGGCACUUCCUUUCCUGCUAACUGCUAGCCAUUUUCUGUCUUAACCUACAAUGAUAUAUCUGGAAAUGCACUGAAAUCUUUUCUUUUGGACUUACACCCAGUAAGUCAAGCAGACAUCCAAACGGUUCAAAGCACAAUCUACAAUCUGCAUCCACAGAAUACAGGCCAUCAAAUGUAGUAAUGCUCAACCAGUGAACAAAAGUGUAUUCUCUGGUUGUAAAGUUUGUAAGAAAAAAAAGAAAGGGAUGAAGAAAAAAAAAACUACACCUAGGCAUAACUAAUUUCUAAUAUUCCCUUGAUUUCUGUUUCCUUCUAGUUCUAAGUACAAAGGAUUUCUGCAGCUUAUAAAAAUGCUCAGUUUUGUUCUGCUAACAACCACAAACUCGAAGCUGACUUGAAUAGUGACUUUAGAAUUGGCAUUUUAGAAUAAUUACGAUCAUUCUACAUCCUGAGGAAAAAAUGGCGUUUACGACUCGGUGUGUGGCAGGAUCCGUGUGUGCUGUACACUAAACAGCAGCUUCCUUUGACACCAGCCCUAAUAAGAAACAUCAGGUACAUCAAUGCAGUUACUUAUGUUAUGAGGUAUGUUAUGUUAUGAGGGCCCAAAGGCACCAUUUACUUUUGUAGUGCCAGGGAAUACCAUAGCUCACCUAGCUAGUCCUGUAAUUCUGUGUAAACAUUUAUGGUUGAAUAAAACAUUAACUCUUAUUAUUAGAAGGGCUUAGCACUAUGGCUUAGUUCAGGGCUUACUUGAAACCAAGAAGCAAAACAAUCAAUAACCAUUGAUCACAUAUACUAUCUUCACCGUGAUUGUGCUAGGUGUUAGAUGUAGGCUUACUAUAGUGGAUUUGAACUUUAUACUUUACACAUCAAUGAUUGUUAUAGUCAUUAAAGGGUUAAGAAAUUCUUAGGUGAAUGUAAAUGAGCAAUAAGCUGAAAGUGCAGGCUUUUGCUUUCAGGUGAUUCUGUUGUGUGUAAGUAGUGUUGGUCAGGAUAGAUGAUAUGUACUCUAUGUGGGUGCUUGUAUAUGAUGCACCACCUCAUUAUUACCAUAUUCCGAUCCAGGCAGGUCACAAUGACACCGAAGGGAAACUUAAUACUUGAAAAAUAAAAUGAUUCUGUCUUUAGCCAUGUAGGCUUGUCUUUAGUUCAGCAAAAUAUUAAGUAGCUGAUGCUCACUAGUGAUUGUUCUUUUUCUGGCAGAUUCAGUGUUAAUUGUUAUUAGCUGCUGCAAACCAAGUGGCUGGUUCAUUUGGUACUUGGCCUUUGAUUUCUCUCUUCAUCACCCUUAAUGCUGGCUGUUUAUUUAUGUAUUUAUUUAUUUUUUAAACAGAAUAUUGUUUGGUGAAUUACAAUAAAUGAUCAAUUUACUUA